AUGUGUCACAAUAUCAUUGAUGGUCGAUACCACACCGAAUGUAGUCACUUCAUUGCCAUGUCAACGAAGUUCCAGGACUGUCUGCGACCAAAUUGUCUCUUCAGUUCAAGACAUAUCCACCUUACAGCAUGCAAGUCGCAAUCUUGUAUACGGUUGAUGGCCCUGCCCACCAAGAAUCCUAUUCGCAUAAGUCCUUCAAAAUGUUGCGACUGUGUCUUAAAGACCAGAGACGAAGUAACGCCAAUGGUCCGAGUAGCUGGGAUGCGAUAGUGGAUUGCAGUUCAAUAUAAUCCCCGACAUAGAUAUACCAUACGACCGCCGCUUUAAUGCUGAUACUACUGGUGGCGCAGUCCGUGUUUAACUUACUAAUUACUGGAAGGUUAAUAUUUUGCGAUAAUGUAUUCUGCUCACUUGUCCCGUAAUCAUGCUUUGGUAUAGAUUUGACUCCCCACAUAAUGAUAACCAUGCAUCC